CGGCCUGGGCGCGCGACGCUCUUCCCUUUGGCGCCGGCGGCUGUUGAAGCGCAGCUUCCAUGUGCGCAUCGGUGGGCCGCUAGCCGAGAGGCCAAUUUAACAGCAGUCAGCAAGGUUCCAGCUCCUGUAAAUUUCUUUUCAAAAAGGAGAGGCACGCGACGUUUUUAAUAUAUUUUAAUUGAACCUCAGUUUUCCUCGAGAGCGCGGCGGAGAAACUUCCCAUGGAUCCGAACAACAUUAUCGAGGCCCUGAGGGGGACCAUGGACCCUGCGCUCAGGGAGGCGGCCGAGCGCCAACUUAACGAGGCAAACAAAGCCAUUACAUUUGUAUCGACGUUGCUUCAAAUCACAAUGUCUGAUCAACUGGAUUUGCCUGUGAGACAAGCAGGUGUAAUUUACUUGAAAAAUACAAUUACACAAUUCUGGGCUGAGCGUGAAGCUGGUUCAAGUGAUGUACCAUCAUUUACAAUACCAGAGGAAGAUCAACAGUUCAUCCGUGACAAUAUUAUAGAAGCUAUAAUUCAGUCACCGGAGUUGAUAAGGGUACAACUUACAACGUGCAUUCACCAAAUAAUCAAGCAUGACUAUCCUGGCAGGUGGCCAGCUGUUGUUGAUAAAAUUGGCUUCUACCUUCAAUCUGACAACAGUGCCUAUUGGCUUGGGAUCCUUCUCUGUCUUCAUCAGUUAGUGAAGAACUAUGAGUACAAGAAAUCAGAUGAGCGCAGUCCAUUGGUGGCAGCUAUGCAGCACUUCUUGCCAAUGAUGAAAGAUCGAUUUGUCCAACUUCUCCCAGAUCCUUCAGACCACUCUGUCCUCAUUCAAAAACAAAUCUUCAAAAUUUUCUAUGCACUUGUUCAGUACACUCUACCAUUGGAGCUAAUAAACCAACAAAACCUUACAGAAUGGAUGGAAAUUCUGAAAACAGUUGUUGAUAGGGAUGUUCCUCCUGAAACACUCCAAGUUGAUGAAGAUGAUCGACCAGAGCUUCCUUGGUGGAAAUGUAAAAAAUGGGCAUUGCACAUCUUAGCCAGAUUGUUUGAACGAUAUGGAAGUCCGGGUAAUGUUUCCAAAGAGUACAAUGAAUUUGCUGAAGUAUUCCUCAAAGGUUAUGCUGUCAGUAUCCAGCAGGUACUGUUGAAAGUUUUGUAUCAGUACAAAGAGAAACAAUAUGUAGCUCCUCGUGUAUUGCAGCAAACACUGAACUACAUUAACCAGGGGAUUGCUCAUGCUGUUACUUGGAAGAAUUUAAAACCCCAUAUUCAGGGCAUUAUCCAGGAUGUUGUCUUCCCCUUGAUGUGCUACACAGAUGCUGAUGAAGAGCUCUGGCAGGAGGAUCCAUACGAGUAUAUUCGAAUGAAGUUUGAUGUCUUUGAAGACUUCAUCUCUCCAACAACAGCUGCUCAAACUUUAUUGUACACAGCCUGCAGUAAGAGGAAAGAAGUGUUACAAAAAACAAUGGGAUUCUGCUACCAAAUACUGACAGAACCAACAGUUGAUCCCCGGAAGAAAGAUGGAGCUUUACAUAUGAUUGGUUCCCUAGCAGAAGUACUACUAAAGAAAAAGAUUUACAAAGAUCAGAUGGAAUUCAUGUUACAGAAUCAUGUCUUCCCUUUGUUCAACAGUGAGCUGGGUUACAUGAGAGCAAGGGCUUGUUGGGUGCUUCAUUAUUUCUGUGAGGUUAAAUUCAAAAAUGACCAGAACCUUCAAACUGCACUGGAGUUGACACGAAGAUGCCUGAUUGAAGAUAAAGAAAUGCCUGUGAAAGUAGAAGCAGCUAUAGCUCUUCAAGUUCUCAUCAGUAACCAGGAGAAAGCCAAGGAAUACAUCAAGCCAUUUAUCCGACCUGUGAUGCAGGCCUUAUUACAUAUUGUGAGGGAGACUGAAAAUGAUGAUUUGACCAAUGUGAUUCAGAAAAUGAUUUGUGAAUAUAGUGAAGAGGUAACCCCCAUUGCUGUGGAGAUGACCCAGCAUUUGGCAAUGACCUUUAAUCAAGUCAUACAGACUGGCCCAGAUGAAGAGGGCAGUGAUGAUAAGGCAGUCACAGCAAUGGGCAUCCUUAAUACUAUUGAUACUCUCCUAAGUGUUGUGGAAGAUCACAAGGAGAUUACACAGCAGCUGGAAGGCAUCUGUUUGCAGGUUAUUGGAACAGUCUUGCAACAGCAUGUGUUAGAAUUUUAUGAAGAAAUCUUAUCUCUGGCACAUAGUCUAACAUGUCAACAAGUCUCACAACAGAUGUGGCAGCUUUUACCUCUUGUGUUUGAGGUCUUUCAGCAAGAUGGUUUUGACUAUUAUACAGAUAUGAUGCCUCUAUUACAUAACUAUAUAACAGUGGACACUGAUACACUACUUUCUGAUACCAAAUACUUGGAAAUGAUUUAUAGUAUGUGUAAAAAGGUGUUAACAGGGGAUGCAGGAGAAGAUGCAGAAUGUCAUGCAGCUAAAUUGCUUGAAGUGAUUAUUCUACAGUGCAAAGGGCGAGGUAUUGAUCAGUGCAUACCUCUGUUUGUGGAAGCUGCACUUGAGAGGCUGACAAGAGAAGUCAAAACCAGUGAACUAAGGACUAUGUGUCUGCAAGUUGCCAUUGCUGCUUUAUAUUACAACCCACACCUGUUGCUGAGUACCUUGGAAAACCUCCACUUUCCCAACAAUACUGAGCCAAUCACCACCCAGUUUGUUACUCAGUGGCUGAAUGAUGUAGACUGCUUUCUAGGUUUGCAUGACCGGAAAAUGUGCGUCCUUGGUCUUUGUGCAUUGAUUGAACUUGAACAAAGACCACAAAUUGUGAACCAGGUUGCCGGACAGAUUUUACCAGCUCUGACCCUUCUCUUCGGUGGACUGAAGAGAGCAUAUGCAUGUCGCGCAGAGCAUGAAAAUGAUAGUGAUGAUGAUGAUGAAGGAGAUGAUGAGGACGAAAAUGAACUGGGCAGUGAUGAAGAUGAUAUUGAUGAAGAUGGACAGGAGUAUCUAGAAAUGUUGGCAAAACAAGCUGGGGAGGAUGGUGAUGAUGAAGAAUGGGAAGAUGACGAUGCAGAAGAGACUGCUCUUGAAGGAUAUAGCACCAUUGUUGAUAAUGAAGACAGCAAUAUUGAUGAAUAUCAAAUAUUCAAAACCGUACUGCAAACUAUACAAAACUGUGAUCCUACCUGGUACCAAGCUCUUACAUGCAGUCUUACUGAUGAACAUAGGAAGCAGUUGCAAGACAUUGGAACUCUUGCAGAUCAGAGGCGAGCUGCACUAGAGUCCAAACUGAUAGAAAAACAUGGUGGAUACAAGUUCAAUGCUCCAGUAGUGCCAACUUCAUUUAAUUUUGGCGGUUCUGCUCCAGGAAUGAAUUGAGUUCGCUUUUGAUUCAUUGUACUGUGUGACUGGUUGUAGUAAAAGCUUGUGUUGUUCCUUCCAGUAGUGGUUCCAAACAAACAAAAAAAAAUCAGUUGUAUCAUCCACAAAAUCCACUCAACUUCCUACUACGUGGAAUGGACAAAAUGACCGGAGAAGUGGGAAUUUGAUCAUGAGAGCCCUCUGGAGAAGAAAAACAAGUUUCAGAGGAACAUCGGCCUGAGAGAGACUAAUGUUAAGAGAAAUAAAUGUCUCCAACCAUAGGAAACUGAAAAGCAAGGAAAAAUGUCACGUUGACAGCUUAUCCUUGAUUUCAUUUCAGGCAGGGAAAUCAUUGGCUUCUGGAAUAAUUUCAACACAUCUGUAGUUUAGGCUAACAGGCUCCUUCAGUGUUUACAUCCCAUAAUAGUGUUAGUAUUAGUCUGGUUUUCCACAUUUCAAGUUAAUUUUUAAUGUAAAUACAACAACAGGUAGAUAACGCUCAAUUGUCUCCAAAUUUUCCUGUUCAUGCCAAGAUUAAAAAUGAUUGUAUUCAGAUGUAGAUUAUCGGACGCUGAACAUAACACUACAUAAUGGCAGGUGUGUAUUUGUAAAUGCAUAAAUAGCACUUUGAUAAUACUUAAGCCUUCUAGCCUUCUAAAUUGAACAGCAAAUUUGUUGUUCUACAAGUUCAAAGAAUAUAUGAUCUAAAUAUAAAUGGAGACAUUAUGUUUUAAAAAAAAGGUGUUUUGCCUGUAGCCACCAUUUCCAUAUUUGAUUGGGAUUUUUGGCUAUGUGAGAGUCAAUGAUAUUUCCAUUGCUGCUGAAAAUGGCAGUGCCCUCAGUGCCCUUUUUUAAGCUCUCUAUGUACAAGUCUUUUUUUAAAUAAUAAAUAAAUUUGAAUACAUUGAUAUCAUAAGCACUGAGUAUUUCAGUACAAUCUAGAAGCAUGUAAAAUGGACUUGAACAUAAAGCUCUAAUCUGAGGAAAAAGUACUGUAAUUGGUUGAGUGUAUGGAUGAGCCAUCUGUAUAUGCAACAAGCUAUUAAAACAAAAUUGGGUUGAAAUUUUGUUGUUUAAAAAAACUUGUCUUUGUUUAACUUUUAGUGUUAAACUUAGGAUCUUCACAAUUAGGAGAAAGUACAUUGGUUAUCCUUUUCCAGGCACUUGUUCUCUCAUGAGUAAAGAGUUCAUUCUCAGCACACAAUUCUAAUUGCAACUUGCACUGUUAACAUCACAAAUUGUAGAUGUGCUUGUGUUAAAUAAAUGCACGGUGUGGCUUGUGUGCAAACUGAUAUUUAAAAAUCAAAUGGUUAUCUGUGUGGUUGGCUUGCAGAACAGUUCUGGCUGCUCUUUGACUUGGUGAACAAGAUAACUUUUGGGGUUUCUUUUGAACACGUUUAUUUAAUGUUGCAUUAUGCUGCACUUUAACACAGGUUGUGAUCAAGAUGUGUCACAAUUGAGCAAUGGUGAUUGUGUGCUUCAUUGCAAUAAAGUGGCAGUUGUUUACAGAAAUGAAAAAAAACGAAGGAAUAGUGUUUGGAAUGCAGAAAAUCAUACUGGAAGGCUGAUGGGGAAUUGGAUGGAAAUAUGAAACUGGUUGAAAUUGACAAAACUAUUGUUGAAAAUAGUCUGGUGAAAUUCAGAACCAAGGAUGAAAAAGUUGGAACUUUGAGUAUCUACUGUUUUUUUUUAAAGAAAAACCAUGCGGUGAUAUCGCAGAGCAUUAAUAAUUUUUGCAGAUUCCUGUAACCCUGUGGUGAUAUUCUGUUACAGAACUUUAAUAAAAAAAAAUUGAGCAUUCAAGACCAAACUUAAA